AUGAGGAAAGGAGGAAAUCUACUCACAUCGAUAAUGAGGAAAGGAGGAAAUCUACUCACAUCGAUAAUGAGGAAAGGUAGAAAUCUAAUCAAAACAGUAAUGAAGAAAAGUAGAAAUAUACUCACAUCGAUAAUGAGGAAAGGAAGAAGUCUACUUACAUCGAUAAUGAGGAAAGGAAGAAGUCUACUUACAUCGAUAAUGAGGAAAGGAAGAAGUCUACUCACAUCAAUAAUGAGAAAAGGAAGAAGUCUACUCACAUCGAUAAUGACCCGUAUUUGCUUGAUAUAA